AUGCCCUUGGAUCGGCUAUCCUUGGUCAAACUUCUCCAACACGAUAGCGACGAGGUUCAGAAAUUUUGUCGUGCAUGUGAGGACAUUGGAUUCUUUUACCUGGAUCUCCGUGACCAGGAAUUGGGUGACUCAAUUCUCUCAGCCGCCGAUGAACUAUUCAAAAUCAGCGAGCAGCUAUUUGCGCUAGAUGUUCAAGAAAAGUCCAAGUAUGAUCAUAGCAAAAAGAGGUCUUACUUCGGAUACAAACCUCUUGGGGCUGGUCAGGUAGAUGAAAAGGGGAACCUCGACAGUGUCGAGUUUUACAACAUUGCCAAGGAUGAUCUAUUCGGGGUAAUGGAGCCGCUUCCUCAACCUGAUAUCAUUCAGAACAACAAGAGCAAACUCAAGUCCUUUGUUUCCGAUUCUCACGCCAUCGUAACACUUGUUCUUGACCUACUGAAUGAACAUCUACGGCUGCCUCCGUCUACUCUCGCAAAUAUGCAUCGUAUCGACCAUCACAGCGGCGAUCAGAUUCGAAUGACUAGAUCGCCGCCACAGCCUAUGACUGGCGAAGUGCCACGACUUGCUGGACAUACUGAUUUCGGCAGUGUCACUGUCCUUUUCAAUCGGCUUGGUGGUCUCCAAGUCCUUCCGCCAGGCCAAGACGCAGAGUGGAAAUGGGUCAAGCCCCUCCCUGGACAUUGCAUCAUCAACCUAGGUGACUCUUUAGUCAAAUUCACGAAUGGUCUCCUCCGCUCGAAUAUCCACAGGGUUAUAUCCUCACCAGGUGCUCAGGCAGCAUCGACGCGGUACAGCUUGGUCUAUUUUUCUCGACCGGAGGACGAUGUUCUGUUGAAGAGAUUGCAAGGGUCGACUAUUAUUCCUCCGUUGCCUGAAGGUGUAUUGGAGGAAGAUGUGAGUAGCAAGGACUGGAUAAUACGGCGUGCUUUGGCAAAUCGUACGAACCUCCAUGAUAAGGUAGAUUUGGAGAGUGCCAGGGGGACGGAGCAGAUUAGUCGACGGAUCAAAGUGUAG